AUGGAAACGGCAAGAUCGUUGGUGUCGCCUUACACUCAGUACAUCGACGUGACGAACCUGUUAAUCCUGAACUCAUUGGGAGAGCAAAUCAAGCGCCCGGAAAUAAAUGCCAUUGCUUCGAUAUGUAACGAUUGCCAUGGUAGCAUAUGGAAAUUACUUGAUCCAGAAAUAAACACUAUACUCGAACUGGAUAUUAUCAGUGUUGCAGAAAAAUAUCAACGGCGAGGUAUUGCGCGAAAAAUGCUUGAGAAAUCUCAAUCACCGCAGAUGCUUCAGGAGAACAACAUCCAAGGAAUUGUCACCCAAGCAACAUCACUUGCCAAUCAAACAUUGCUACAAAAGCUAGGGCAUAAGGUUCUUAUGGAUGUGCCUUUCACACAUUAUGUUGAUGAAAGAGGUACACAGCUCAUCAGACCUCUUGACGGGACGCAAUUUGUGAAACUCUUUUGGAAACCUAAUCAGUUUUCUUAA